AUGGUCGAACGUCAGCGCAAAGCAGAACCACCACCCCGAAAACGAGCGCUUGUGAGCUGCGACCGAUGCAAGGUCCGAAGAGCAAGAUGUAUUCGCGAAAGUCCCGAUGAGCCAUGCGCGGACUGCAAAUUGAGCGGAGUACAGUGCGAGUCGAAACUCCCUAGAAAAGAAAGGCUUUACGGGAGCAAGGAGACAUUAAGCUUGAGGUACAGAGCCCUUGAGUCGUUAAUCAAGGGACUGUUCCCUCAGGAAAAUACUCAGGAUACCAACAUCCUGUUCAAAAUCGCUGCUGCAAGACAUAUCUCCAUGCCAGCACCCGACGACUUUACGUUAGCCGAUAUUUUCAAUACCGAUCAGAGGUCCUCGUCCCAACAAUACCAGCAGCCUCUCCCAACGCCACCAUCCCUACAGCAGGCGUACGUUUCACCGCAAACUAACGCCGAGUCUGUCCAGUCUGUCGAGACUUUAUCACCUGCACCCACAUCAAAGGGAAGUCGACUCAAUCCCUUCUCCGAAGUGCAACAGCAGCCCCGGCAUACGGAGGAACUCAUUCCAACACGGAAUGGCGUGCCUCAUUACUUUGGCCCCUCCAGCAGUUUCCGACUCGCGACAACCAUCCGAGCACUAGUGGCCCGAUGUAAGGCUGCCUCUGGUGGAGAUUUCCCCACACUUCGAACGUAUGUACUAUCUGACUCGGCUGCUACAAACGGAAGUGGGGGCAUCUCGUUACAGCAUGCUAGCUCAGGCCCAUCAGACGAGGAGUACAUGGUUCCGGAUUCCAGAGAGCUACCGUCUCAAGAUCGUAGAGCAGGGCAUAAGCGUAACAGAUCGCAUAUGGAGGAAUCACAAAAUCAGUGGGAACGCCCCGCUGAAGUGCCUAGUCCAGACACUAUUGGAGAUCUACUGCCCUCAAGGUCUCUUGCUGACGCGCUCGUGUCUGCAUACUUUGACCAUGUGCAUAUAUUUCUCCCUGUGUUUCACAGAAGUAUGUUCCAAUUUAGACUCGAGGCAACGUAUUCACGAAAGACUGAGAUCAUCAAGGACUGUACAGACAUGGGAUGGUUGGCCUGUCUGGCUUUGGUAUUCUCUUUCGGCUGUCAGCAACUGCAUGAGCAUGAUCCGGAACAAGCUGACAGGCUCCGUUCAAAGUAUCUGGGUUUCGUAAAAACGCAUUUCCGCCAACUUUUGAUCACAACUAGUUUGGCAAAUGUCCAAGCUCUUGUGCUUCUUAACAAUCAUCAUCACACUGCUGGACAGAAAAGUAGUUCUUGGUUGCUCAUUGGGCUUGCUGCUCGCAUGGCCAUCACGAUGGGAAUGCAUCGAGAUCGUGCGAACAUGGAAUUUGAUCCUAUAGAGCGAAACACGCGCAGGACAGUCUGGUUCUCCAUAUAUGUGUUUGAGAAGAUACUGUGCAACAUUCUGGGACGUCCGACAGGCAUUGACGACCGGGAAAUGUGCAUGAAACUCCCAGAUGCGCCCUUGCUCGAGCAGAAGAGUAUGUCUGCCGAAUUCAUGCUUCACGGCUGUGAAUUGAUGAAGCUAUCGUAUUCAAUCCGGCAACGGGCGUAUUUCGAUAGUAGCACGGCUGAGGAACAAACGCCUACGCUCAAUAUGGCUGAGACUCUGCUACGGGAAUGUGAGGAAUUCUCCGCAAGGAUGCCGGCAGAAAUUUCGCUCAUCGCGCCCGUCCCGCGCGAACAGAGGGCAAGAAACCUUCUGUUUCAUAUAUAUAUGUAUCACACGCGCUGUACGGUGUCACGAGACUUCCUUGUGCACAGGGUUGAGAGGAGAAUCCAGGCUCUCGAAAACAAACUUCCCCCAGACUCGCAAGACUGGAAGAGAACCAUGGCUCUUAGCGAAGAUUGUAUAGAGUCGGCUCACCGGGCUAUCCAAUGUAUCAUGGACGGCGCGCCUUUAGGAAUCAUGGGAUACUCAUGGCUCGACCUAUUUUUCGUUUUCCACGCCGUCCUCAUAGUCUGUGCGGAUUUUCUUGCUCGCCCGAAGGACCAACAGGACUCUCCCAAGGAUUUUGAGCGGAAAGAGGCAGUGCGCGAAAUGCUCAACCACGUGCGCGGACUGAAACAACUAGCACCAACGUACAGGAUACUUGGUCAGAUCGCCAUGCAGUUUGCCAGCAUAACGGGAGUGACCCGGGAGUACCCCAUGCCGCAGAGGUUUCUAAGUCAUUCAAACGAGACAUCGCUCGAGUCGCAGUCAAUGACAGGAGAAGAAGGGGCAGCUCAAACACUUGCCGAUAUGACAGCUGCUCACGACAACUGGUACGCGCACACAACGACAGACCUGGGUUUAGACUUUUUCGAAAUCCAGGGGACGCCUGCGAUGUCGGAUCCUGCUGCAUAUCCUGGCUAUUUUAUGGACCCAACACCGAACGAGGUUGAUGACUGGACAUCCAGACCGCUACGAGGGAUGCAUUGA